CACUGAAAAAGAAGCGUCUAACUUAAUAUUGAUGAAGUCGCGCAUUGGCUCAGAGUCGCGUCAAUCCCGCCGCGCGACUUCUGUAGGCUGGCAGCGGACUUCCUUCAAUAUUAUUUCUAGGGGAGCAGGGGUAAAAGUGAUAACACACAAAAAAAAAGAGGAAGAAAAUGUUGCCGACCCCCAGUGCUGGGAUGGACUGAAUGGAGGCAACGUUGCCGGCGAGCGGAGAUAACAGACCCACCGUCUGUCCACCGCGACACUCACCGAGCGGCUUGUUGAGUUCUCCGUAGACGUCCAGCCCUCGGCCUCCCCAUGCCUCCAUCUCCCCUUGACGACAGAAUUGUGGUGGCGCUGCCAAGGCCGAUCCGACCUCAGGAACUUCAACUGCGCCUGGACACCAGCUACCUGGACUCCAUCGCCAGCAGCAGCAGCAGCAGCAGCAGCAGCAGCAGCAGCAGCAGCAGCAGCAGCAGCAAGACAGUCAUCAGCACCACCGUGGUGAAGAUCCGGGCGACGGCCAAUCUUGUAACGUAUAUGCCCUCAUCCAAGGGCUCCACGCGCUCAUUGUCGUGUGGAUGCAGCAGUGCCAGCUGCUGCUCUGUGACUACCUAUGAGAAGGACAGCCAGAGCCUCAGCCACAGCCAGGUGAGCGCCAGCAGCCCCAACCUCAGCUAUGCCGGGGCCCCCAUCCCAAUGGUCAGCAAUCAUGAAGCGUUAAGCACCCCCAGUCUCUCCUCGGGCACCCCGAAGGCCGUGUCCACCGUGAGGCUCAUCCAUCCCAAUGAGCUGGCCAAGCGGAUGACCUGCUGCCCCAUGGGACACCCCAUAGGGCCCACGCCGGUCAUCAUCGACUGCCGGCCCUUCAUGGAGUACAACAAGAGCCACGUCCGGGGCGCGGUGCACAUCAACUGCUCCGACAAGAUAAGCCGGCGGCGGCUGCAGCAGGGCAAGAUCACUGUGCUGGACCUCAUCUCCUGCCGCGAGGGCAAGGACUCCUUCAAGGGCAUCUUCUCCAAAGAGAUUGUGGUUUACGACGAGAGCACCAUGGACCCCAACCGGCUGACUUCCUCCCAGCCUCUGCACGUGGUCCUGGAGUCUCUGCGGAGGGAGGGCAAGGACCCGAUCAUCCUCAAAGGAGGCCUUAGCUGUUUCAGGCAGACCCACGAGAACCUGUGCGAGCAUUCGCUGCACCUGCACGAGGGCGUGGACCCGGGCGCCGCCGCUGGCCUGACGGGGCCUUUACCUCACUCCCUGCCCUCCACCCCGGACAUAGAGAACGCAGAGCUGACGCCCAUCCUGCCCUUCCUCUACCUGGGCAACGAGCACGACGCUCAGGACAGCCGCCUGCUGCAGCGCUUUAACAUUGGCUACAUCCUGAACGUGACCACCCACCUGCCGCUCUACCACUACGACACGGGCCUCUUCAUCUACAAGCGCCUGCCCGCCACCGACAGCAACAAGCAGAACCUGCGGCAGUACUUCGAGGAGGCGUUCGAAUUCAUCGAGGAAGCACACCAAGCGGGAAUGGGCCUCCUGAUCCACUGCCAGGCAGGCGUGUCCCGUUCAGCCACCAUUGUGAUCGCCUACCUGAUGAAGCACACCUGGAUGACCAUGACGGAUGCCUACAAGUUCGUCAAAACCAGGAGGCCCAUCAUCUCCCCGAACCUCAACUUCAUGGGCCAGCUGUUGGAGUUCGAGGAGGACCUGAACAACGGAAUAACACCGCGAAUCCUCACGCCAAAGCUGACCGGCGUGGAGACCGUCGUCUAAGGCGAACGCCUCGUCGCUCAAACUUGUUCUCGCUCUCGCCGUUUUCUUUUUCUCGUUUUUUUCUUUUUUUUGUAAAGAGACCAGCUGGUUCGGAGCGCGAGUGAAAGAGAGAGAUAGAUAGAGAGAGACGAUGUGUUCUUCUUGAAUCUCCUCAUGCUCAUCUUGGACUCUCUAGAGGUGCCAAAGCUCCGGGUCAGCGGUGAUGAAAAAUGCCCAAAAAAAAAAUCCCUGCUGUUUGGACCUGGACGAUGUCCCAGAGGAGACGAUGAGUUAGAGAGAUGGAGAGAGAGAGAGAGAGAGGGGAAGCGGUCAGCAGGGAAGAUUUCCACUUCGCAGAGGAGGGAAUCUGAGGGAAAGGAAAAUCAGUUUGAAAAAGAAGUACUGUGUGUCUGCGGGCAAUUACUGACAAAAGAAACUUCGAGAGUUCACACUGUGGCACGCGGCUCACGUUUGCCAACUCGGGCGGGGUUGGCCACGGCAGUGCCUGUCAAAAAGAGAGAAAAAAAAAAAAGUAGAUGAAGACAUGUUUGGUGUGUUAUUGUUGUUGUUCUAUUUUUAUACAGGGGUUUAUGGGGGUGACCAUGACGAGCCCACAGCGGCUUACUGUGCAAUAAUUUCAGAGUGGAAUGCAACUGAGACCUUGAUCUUAUGUGUAUAUAUGGGUAACGAUUACAAAAACAUUUCCAGCUCUUUGCUGAAAUACCAUUUUGGUGUUAUUGUAAUUACUGUUGUUCAGUUCUGUACGUUUAUGUCCACGGUGCAGACGGUUAUGCUGUAAUAUUUGGGCGCAUUUGUGUACACGAGAGAGAAAAACAAACGGGGGUUUUAAUUUUUUUGAGUGAGCUCAAAACCACAAAUUCACGUUCAUAUGCGUUUUGCUUCGGUAUUUGGUUUUGCCAUCCCUGCAUCCACAGAAGCAGACAUUUUAGCGAGAUAUAUAUUAUAUCAGACAGCCAUAGGAGCUUUUUUUUUAUAUGCAGAGGAGAGAACACUUUAAAAAUAAUCAGUGAAUAUUGUAAAACAGGGCUACUGGUGACGUUUAAUGUGACGGAGCGGGGGGAACUUCACCGCCUGCUUCUGUCUCCUCUGCUCUUUUUCGUUUUGCUCCAAUUCAUCCAUGAGCCGGCUCUCUUGUAGUGCACUUCACCGUUUCCCCCGUACCUCUGCAGCUACGUAUUAUGCUUUUAUCAAUGCCCUUGCAAUUUUUUUUCAUCUAUGAUUUGGUGAAGUCUAAAGUAGCAGAGCGGAGGUACGCACUUCAAACGGACACACACCUCCUCCCGCGGGUCACGGUUUUGGUUGGAGCAGCGCGGCCCUCGUUUGAAUCCUUUGCAACGCCCUGUCACUCACACUAAGCUACAGUUAUGUGAGCUCUUCAGCCAUACGCAGGCAAGAGCCGCUGUCACGUGCUGUUCCAGUGCCUCUAUCAAUGCCUUAAUUCGUGUUUCACCAGUGGGCCUGCGCAUGGUACACCAUCACGUGCAGACGACUGCAGAUCGCACUGAGGUCGAAUUUGUUUUGCUUCCCAGACUAAAGCUGUGUGUGUAACACACAGAAAAUUGUUUCUGCAAUCCCUGAAUAAUAUUGCGGAAUUUUACAGAGCUGCGUUCAGGGAUGCUGAAAAAAAAAUAAAUCCUUGAGGUGGAAAUGCCCGUUAUGUAACUCUGAUCUCGUGGCGGCACUUGAGGGAGAAACCGAGCGCCACCGUGAAUUGUAAAUCAACUUGGCACUGAAUAGUAGUGUAGCAAAGAGAACAUGCACGCACACAAAGUUUAUCCUGUAGCAUCUGAAUUCACUCACCUUCGACCCAUAACACGACGAGUAUACAGACAGACAGGAAGAGCAGAGGCUUAAGAAAGAACAGAAUCAAAAUUUUGCAUAUAUUAGCCAGUUUUUACACAUUUUGCUCUCUCGGCUGUGGGCGGUUAUAGUGGAAUUUAUAAAAAGGGACAUUUUUUAACUACCCAGGUGGGAUGCAUGUGUUUUAAGGUGUAGUUCACUCGUCCUGUGUGCAGCUGAGCACACUCAGUGUUGUCGUCUCAAAGCCUCAAGUGUAAAAAAAAUAAAAUAAUAACAAGUUCCUUUUUUUCGUACUAAAGAAGAAAAGCCUUGUUUUAGCCUGAGAAUGGUGCAUCUCUGAUCUAACUGACGUGGAUUUAAUAAACCCAGGGGCUGAUUCAAUUUUUCCAAGAUGUAAAAGAGCGUUCGGUCCCUCCAUUAAAGUUGAAACACAAACAAAACAAAAAGAAAACUACAAGAAGUUACAAGGUCCUCAUUUAGUAUUUCAUUAUUCUCAACAGGUUGACUUGAAGCAGCGAUGUUGGUUCCUGUUCUGCUUUGCGUUCGCGUGCUCGUCAGGGUUUCUACGUUCUGCUCUCUAUCGCUUGCAAAAUAAAGUCAUAAAAUGAAGCACAGUGCUAACAACAUAACUGUCAGAGUACUAAAACCGACGUUUCUUUUUUUUUCUUCUUUCACAAACGACCAGGAGCCCCUAUGAGCGGGACGAAGGAGAACGGAAGGGGCUUUCGUAGCAUCGCGAACACAAACACACACUCAGUGAGGCGUUACAACACCGACAUUCACAACAAUAAGCUUGGAAAAAUCCCUCAUGUGAAGAUUCAUGCUAUGCAAAAAUGAAACUGUAAGAGGUUGGGGGUUUUUUUCUCGGUCAAAUCCUUUUUUUGGCGAGGUCUCCGCGAACUCUGCGACGUUACAGCAUGAAUGACACGUGUCGCGGCCUCAGAUUGAAGCGCGGGUUUUAAGCGUUUGACUCGAGACAUUUAAACAAAGUGUUCGUGUGCCGACGCGUCCUCACUUGUAUUUUUUUUCUCUCGUUGCGGUUGUCAUUGGUGUCUACUGGUGCUCCACGAUAUAUUUGAAUAUGAUAAAAAAAAAAAGAGGGUAUAUAAUGACCACUUGCCACACGUUUGUAGGUUGUGAAUUUAUUUUCAGUGAUAACCAUUUGCAAAAAAAAAUUAAAAAAUAAAAUAAAAAAAGGCACAAAAAGAGAGUGCUUAUCAUCUGAGCCAGUGUUACACGAGAAUAAUGUACCUUUUCUGUCCCAUCUGCCGGUUCCCCACGACCGCGGCGGCACAUGGCUUUGUUUUGUAUGUAAUGAUCUCUUUGACUGAACAAUGUAACUGUCGUACUGUACAUUACUCUCUCUGGUUGGAAGAAGAAGCAUGCUGUGUGCUCCCGGUCUGCGCGGGACACUCGCAGUCAUUUAUGGUGCUGUCCGUCUCUCCCCACACUGCUCCUUCUGUAGAGGUCACAGGCGGACUGACAGCUCCGAGAGGCGUCCGGGCCUGUUCCCCUUUUAUCCGGUAACACGGCCCCGCGUUGGGACAAUAUGGAGCUGUCACGUUCGAUGUGCACUCUUUUACGACUAGACUUGUUUCAGAGUCUCUGCUUUGGGCUCAGAGGCUCCGGCGGAAAAAACGGGCUUCGCUCUACAAGUCUCUGUAUCUCUCUUGUGUCUGUAGUCAGCGGUCAAGUAUAUACAGUAUAUAAAUAUAUAUAUAUAUAUAUCUAUUUUCUUUGUAUGCAUAUAUUCAUUACUAUUUUUGCACUGACCUACGGACAGAUGGAUUUAUUUUUCUCCACAAAGGGUGCUAAUAUAACGGAGGCCUUCUCCCACACCUUUUUGCAUGACUUGCUCAAAAAUUCCUCAACUGGUCUGUCAUCUCUCCUACUCUUCUCCUACUACUCCUUGAACUGUUGCGAUUGAAGCACUGUAAUUUUGUAAUCCCUACUUGUGAGCUUUGAAAUAAACAGGGGAGGCUUCAAGUUUG